AUGACUGGAAGAGGACAAUCUCUGCGGUCCGGUAAGUUGAAUUCAAAAUUUUUUAACCAUUUGAAAUUUUAAUCAAUUUCAGGUUCGUCACUCCGUCAGACCAAUCUUCUAAUGAAUACUGUAUAUCCGAUGGAAUCGCCGAGAAGAGCAAGAGGAAGACCGAGAAAAUAUCCAUUGACUUCACAAUUACAACUUCCUAAUGAACAACUUGAAGGUGGAGAACAGGUAAAAUUGGAGUUCAGUGGUUUCUGAGCCACUGAAAACAAUAAAAAAUUAGCCAACUUCACUCUGAAGAUGAGUAAUAAUGUGGCAAAAUCUACUAUUUGAAUUUCAAGAUAAGAUCUUUACUCUUGGAAAUUUAUGAAAUUGAAUAAAUAAUUUAAAUCACGUGAAACGUGUAUUUGUUGCUUUAGAAUCAUUUCUCAUUUUAUAAAUUGAGUGAAUUGAGUUAAUCUUUGGCUAACUUCCCUGAAAAUGAAUAUUUCAAAAAAAAAAAUCACAAAAAUUCUCCCAGAAAAAAAAUCUUCCAACAAACCCUCACAAACAUUCAAAAAGACUAGAUUUUUCCUAGUCCCUGGACUUUUUUCCUACAAAUCUCCCACGUUCCUAAUAUUCCAAUUUUUUCAGCAUUACGUUGAAGAAGAAGGCGAAGAAGUUUAUUAUGAAGAGGAAGAAGCUGGAGAACUUCAAGAAGAACAAAUUCACGGAGAAGAACAAAUAAUUGAAGAAGAAAUGAUUGUUGAAAUGGAAGAACCACAAAUGGAAAUGGAACUUGAGACUGGACAAGAAAUUGAAGGAGAAGAACAUCAAGAUGAGCAACAGCAUCAGAAAAUUCGCGAAAUUCAACAGCAAAAAAUGAUGAUUGUAACACCUUUGGGUGGAAAAAGAGGAGCUGCGAGAGGAAGGCCGACAACGAAAAAAGGAUCAAAAGAAGAACAAGAAGAAAUGACAGUAGCUGGAAGUGAGUUUGGAGUUGGACAAGAAAUCGAAAUACAACAAGAAGAAGAGGGAACAUCGACAGAUCAAAAACAACAACAACAAGAAUUUGAAAGACAAUAUUCGAAGAGACAACGAAAUCCACCAAAAAGAUUUGUUGAUGAGUCUGAAAUUCGAGGAGCUGCGAAUAUUAUUGAGAAACAGAAUAGUUUGAUGGCCGGAGGUGUUCAACAGAAUGUGCAGAAGCAGCAGCAGAAUCCAGCAGAGGAGACUAUUGAGCCGCUUUUACCGAAUGAGGCACACAUUGAAGAAGAGGUUGAGGUUACCACGAGUGAAUCGGUUCAGAAUGAAGAGGUGAGGGGUUUUUGAAAAUUUUACUGUUUUAAAAAAUAUUAGAAAAUAGAUGGAUCCAAUAAUUAUUUGAGAAUUUUUAAUUUUUAAAAAUAUACUAUUUCAGAAAAAUUAUAAAAUAGCUAAACUUUUCUCUGUUACGAACUGUUUUUUUUUGAAUUUUUCGUUCCAAAAAAUACUGUUUCAAAAAUUUCAUCAAAUUUUCAAAGUUUUCUUUUUCUCAUUAUCCUUAUUGCAUCGGCAGCAUAUAUUUAGAUAAUCACAAAACGAAUUUCACAGGAAUUCAUGUUUUUUCUUUGAAAAAUAUCGCUGUUUCAAAUAUUCUCUCUAAAAAUAUUUGUUUUCAGUCACACUAUUCUUAGAUCAUCAAUCUAAUAAUAAUAAUAUUUAUUCAUAAAAACGAUAUGGGAAAACAAUCUCAAAAAUUAACUGUUCCAAAAAGUUUUUACAAAAAAAACAAGUUUUUGAAAUUUAUGAGAAAUGUAUGUUUUUCUCUAAACAACUUUUCGAAUUUUAACUGUUUCAAAGAUUUUUGAUACGAUUUUUGAAUUGCUCGAUUAACGUUAUAUCUACAUUCUUUUUGAAUAAAAAAUCCAAAUAAUUUUCCAGAAACCUACGUCAACUGCCGCCAUUUCUCAACCCGAACAAAAAUAUGAUCAGCCACCUCCACAACCAUUACUCAAAAUUCGUGGAAGACCAACACACUCGUCACUGGUUCCACCACAUAGAAGACCACUUCCAAAGGAUUUGGUGCCGCCUGGAAUUCCAGUACAACAUGUUCAGAAAAGAGCAGCGACUGUGAAUGUUGUGAGAGAUGUUAAGAAAUGUGAGUUUUUUAAAGGGAAUUUUAUAAGGGAUCUUGGAAGAACUCAGAAAAUUUUUAAUAAAGAAAUUAAGAUUUUCUUAAAAUUUACGAAAUCUCGUAGUUUUUAUUCUCAUCCUUUUCCAGUAAAAAUUGAAAAACCACAAGCUGAUCAACCACAACAAGAACAACAGCAAGUUCAACAAGAAUCAGCUCCUUCUUCAUCGUCUUCAGCAGAAGUUCCAUCUCAACCAAGCCAACCUGAAACAUCUACUGAACAACCAACUCAAGAAGAUGUUCCGAUUCCACCAACAACAUCUGACACUGCUCCAACACAAGUAUUUGAAGAGAAUCUUCCAUCAACUUCUGCCUCUUCUUCUCAGCCUCCACAACCACAAAAAACACUGUCUAUUCCGACUUUGGAGCAAAAGAAAAAACGAGAAGCUGGACAAGAUUUGCCAUUUGAACAUAUGCCAAGACAAAGAGCACGGCAUGUUUCGAAAGCUGGAAUUUUGCCAAGUUCUAGUUAUGAUGUGGGUUUUAUUUGGGGCGUUCGAGAAAUUGAUGAAAAUUAAGUGCCAACAUUUAUUUUUCCAUGAAAAACUAGAUUAUUUUGAAAAAUUCACAAUUUCCUGGGAAUUAAUUGUUUUAAAAUUCCAGAAUCAUUUCGGCCGAGAUAAUAAAACAAUUUUGAAACAGUAAAAUAUUCGAGGAAAAACAUUCUCAAAAAAUUCAGGCAAUUUUCUGAAACAGUAAACUUUUGAAGAAUCAAUGUUUUUUUUUUCAGCAAGGAAAAUAUGAGAUGCCCGGUGACGUCAUCGUCGAACACACUCAUCACGUCAUAAAUCAUCAACAAAAUCCAGAAAAUCUGCUUCAUUUGGAAGACGGCGAAUAUAUUCAAGAAGAAGAAAUGGAACAUCAUCAAGAAACUGUUGAAUUAUUAGAAAAUGAACAGAAAUCACCAACAAUGAUGAAUCAACCAAGAUAUAUUGAAGUUGAGGAAAAUGGAGUGAAAGUUGUUUAUGAAGUUCAGGGAGAAGAAGUUGAUGAAAGGGAAAAUAUUGUGGGAGAUGGAGAGGGAGAUGAUAUUGUAACAACUGAAUUUGUUAUUGAAGAUGAAGAUGAAGGAAGAAUAAUUCAACAAGAAGUUGGAAAUGAUAUUGUAGAAGAAGGACAAAUAAUUGAAGGAAAUGCGGAAGGAGAAGAAGAAGAUGAUGAUGAUAUGCCACCACAAUUAGUUCCCGAAGAAGUUCAAGAUGAUGAAGUUGUUGCGGAAGCUCAGAAAAUGCAUGAUAUUAAAAGAAUUGAGGAAGAAGAUGAAGAAGUGAGAGAAGUUGUUGAAAAUGAAGAGGGACAACAAGUUGAAGAGGAUGAUUUGUUGAAUUAUAAUAUGGAACCGGGACAUACUUUUAGAUUGAAUUCGCCGGGUGGAAGAUCGCAUGAAGUUACGCUGGCAAGAGAUCAAGAUGGUGAGGGUUUUGGCACCUUUUUUGCCGCAGAAAAUUUAAGAUAUAUUUCUAAAAAAAAAUGUUAUUUUUAAUUUUACCAACAAAAAAAUGACUCAGCAAAUUUCGCAUUUUUCACAGGCAACAAUGUGUUCAUCGAUGAAAAUGGUGUUGUCGUCGAACUUGUCACCGAUCAAGGAACUCUUGUUGAACCAACUGGUGUCAUCGAAGGAGAAUUGCAACAACAAAUUCAUGAACAAGAACAAAGACAAGUGGCUGAAACUGUCGAAAGAGUGGCUGGUGGAAAUGUUGGCGGAGGAACAGCUGGCGGAGCACAAAAUGAACAACAUCGUGAGUUGUUUUUGUUUCAAUAAUGAAAUAAUGGUUAUUAUACUGAUUUUGAAGUUGUGUCAAGAAAUCAUAUCAAUUUUUGAAACAGUGGAAAUUUUUAUGGGAAAAAUAUUUUGGCUUCGAGAAAAAUAAUAUUUUUGUCACUUUUUUGAAUGUUAUAAGUUCAACAUUGAAAACAAAAUCAUUGAAUUUUUUGAAAAAUAUUAUUUGAAACAUGUUCUUCAAGAACGAAAUUUUGAAGUUCGAAAAAAUAUAACAAUUUUCUGAAACCGUGAAAAAAAUAAUAUUUGAGAACAUUGUUUUUCUCUUGAUAGAAAACCACUAACAUUUUUGCACCGAAAAUUGAAAUCACUAAAUGUGUAAAUUUCAAAUUAUCUAAUUUUUUUACCAAUAGAAACACGUUUUUGUUGGGAAAAAACGGUUUUAUUUGAUAGAAAAUCACCAAUUUCGAAAAAAAUUGAAUACAUUUUUGCAACAGUAGAAAAAAAUAUCUUUGUUUUUCCAUAAAAAUAAAAAAAAGUUAUUUUUUUGCAGCGGACAUGGAUGAUUUGCGAAACGUGGAAUUCAACUUCCUCGAUACUCGAAAUAUUUGUUGUGGUCUUUGCGGUGAAAUUGUUCUCUACGAAACUUUGGUCAGCGAUCAUCUUCCAAAUGCACAUCCCGAAUUUCUUCAACCCGGUGUCGAACUCGAAGAAGUUCCCUAUGAGAAUUGGCUCAAAUCACGUCUUCGACAAGAAUCUCAAUCAAUGAAAAACGGAUUUCGAAGUUAUGAUGAAGCGACUGCUGGAGUGGCUGGAUUUGGAGGAGCUGUUCGAUUAUUUUCGCGUGGAAUGAGACAUUUAAGAAAAGUCAGUCAGAUACGAGUCAAUCCAAUGGAAAUGACAAUGGAACAAUUGGAUACUGCUCUGAACAGGAAAAUGAUUGAGAAAAUGGGAAGAAAAGUGCCGGUUACACUUAUUGAUCGAUUACAUGCGAGAUGUGAUGUUUGUUCGGCGGUUAUUUCGUUAAAUAAGAAAUUUGAGGUGAGAAAAUGGGUUAAAAAUAGAGAAAUCGAAAAAUUGUGUUCAUCAAAAAUUGACUGUUUCAAAAAUUUUUCGAAUAUCGAACUUUUUCAUCAACAAUUUUGAAAAAAGCGCGUGCUUCUGAAUUUAAAUGAAAAAGCUUUUUUUUUUCGGAAGAAUCUUAUAAUUUUUUGUCAAUAGAAGAUAACAAAGUUAUCAAUUUUUGAAACAGUAAUGUUUUUGAAAUCCUCAAAAAUUGUGUAUUAAAAACAGAAUAUUGAAUUCCAAAUUUUUAAAAAUUAUCUUUUGAAACGUACAUAUUCGGUUUUCCAAUUUCUCAUUUUGUUUUUCUUCCAGAUAGUUCAUCUUGUUCGACAUUUCAAUGCGUGGCAUCCAUCGGAGCAUCGUUGUUCAAAUCAAUGGAAAAUUCAACAACCCGAUAUGAUUCCACCGCAACAAAAAAUGCUCUCAUUACACGAUUUUGCAGUUGUUGACACCGAAUCUGAACAGAAUAAUUUGCAAUGUAUUUGGUGUGGAAUGUUUAUGGAUCGAGGUGCUGUUGGAAUGCAUUUUAGCGAAGUUCACGGUGAUCAAGUUGAAGUUCCAAAAUGCUCACUUUGUUUGCAAGAAAUGGUGAUGUGCGCGAGAUUGAUGGAAAAAUAUGGAGAAGAUUUUGGAAUUACACUUCCUGAUGAAUUUCAUGUUCAAAGUUCGAGAUUGGAUUCGAAAUAUAAUUCGGAAAAACAAUUGGAUAAGGUAGGCGAAAUUUUUUUUUGGAAAGCCAAUUUUCAAAAUUUAUUUUUUGUUUUAUUCAUUCACCGGACCGCUGCGAAAGAAUCUAAAAAACAAUAAAAUUAUUUUUGAAGCAGUGAAAAAAUUCAGCCCAAAAAAUAUUUUUGGUUUGAUUUUUUAAAUUUUGAUCUGAUUUCAUCAAUUAUGAAAUUAGCUCAAAAUAAAAUUAAACUACGUUCAGAAACAGUUAAUUUUUGUGAACAAAAAACAUUGAACUAUUCAGAAUUUGAAAAACAUAAAAUCCUGAAAGUUUCUGAACUUGUUAAUUAAUUUUUUGAAACAAUAAAAAACUGUCAAUUUUUUCUAUCUAUUUUUCGAGAAUUUUUAAAUUAAAUUUUAUAUUUCCGGUUAUUCCAUUAACUCUGAAAUCAGCUAAAAAAAUUAACUAACUUUUGAAACAGUAAAUUUUUAUGAACCAGAAAAUUUGAAUUAAUUGGAGUUUCAUUUAAUUUCCAUAAAAUUUCACAAUUAAAUUGCUACAAUAUCAAAAUUCAGAAUGAAUGGAAAAUUAGAAAUUGCAUUUUUGAAACAGUAAAUUCUACAAACCCUAAAAAAUUUUUGAUAAAAUUCUUUCGGUUCAAAAAAAUUGCAGAUUUUUAAUGAUUGAAGAUUGUAAAAUUCCAAAAAGAAUAAUAUUUACAAUUUAAUUGUUUUUUCCAGGCAAUCGAGCGAUAUUUGAAACGUGUACGAACCGGUCAAGAUGUUCAAGAUGACGAAGAAGAUGGUGAAACUGGAAAAGAUAUCAUUUGUACAACAAACAGUCAACAAUCAUUUGGUCGAAGAAAUCGAAUGAAACGAAAAUUCGUCAAACCAUGUUUCCGUCAAAUUUGUCCAACAAAUUCGCAAUAUUUCGAAGCAUAUUCAGCUUGUGAAUGGAAAUGUCGAUUGUGUGAUCGAGAAGUUUAUGGAGCUGUUAUUUCAGCCGGAGCAAUCAAACAUUAUAAAGAAUUUCAUCCGGCUGAAUUGGAAAAUAUGCAAUACGAAUUGGUGAAAGCGAGAUUAGAAAGAAUUGGAGAUGGUUCAAUGGAAUUUGUGCAUCCACAAUUAGUCGAAUGUUUGAUAUGUAAUUUGACAUAUGCUUUGCAUAAACCAUUUAAUAUAUGUCGAGCAAUUCGACAUUUACGAUUAAAACAUCCAGAAGUUAUGCCUGAAACAAGUGGAAAACCGAUUAGUGGAGCUGAUGUGCCAGAAAGUACUGAACAAGAACCAACUAGACAACGAACAUCGAAGAAUUUGAAAAAUACGAGAAUUGUUUUGGGAGAUGUUAUAACUGAACCAUUAAAAUUGGAAAGAUUUAGAAAAGAGCAUGAAGGAACACAAUUUGAUAAGGUAUGGAUUUUUUGGGGGAGAAGAGCGCAAUGAAAAAACGCUGGUUGAGUAAUAUAUUUAUUAUUAAAAACAUUUUGAAACAGUAAAUUUUUAUUAAGAAAAACAUUGUUUUUUUGGUCCAAAACUUUUUGUUUGCAAAAAAGAGUUUCGGACCAAAUGUUAUUGUGAUACUAAAAUUUCUUUUGAAAUUCUAAUGAACAAAUUUUGAAACAGUAAAAUAUCCUGAAAAAAUAAUUUUGCAGGUUCAAAUAAUUUACGGCGUCAAACCAAACAACGAACCGAGUUAUAUUUUAUUGGCUGAACAUGAAAUAAUGGAUCAAAAAACAGCGGAAGCUGUUGCCGAAUCAAUGAUUGAAACAGAAAAAGCGGCAAAUGAGAGUCGACUUCGUGAAAGAAAACCAAUCGAUAUGUAUUUGGAUGAUAAUAAUUCGCAAGCACAAAAUGAAAAUGUGAGUUUUUUGAUACCCAGAAUUUUUGUUUGAAAAACUUCACUGUUUCAAAUUUCUUUUUCAACCAAUUCCAAGUAAUUUUAUUGAUUCAUCUUUCAUCGAAAGCUGUAAAAUAGAAUGAUUCCAGGACUUUGAACAAAACGCCGAAAACGUCGAGGAAGAAGGAGAAGAAGUGGUUUAUGAAGAAUAUCCGCCGCAAAUUGUUGAUGGAAAUGGAGAAAUGGUUGAAAUGGUUGAGGAGAGCAAAAAUGUAUUGGUAAGUGUUUUUUGGGCUUUAUUUUCGAAACAGUAAAUUUAAAAAAAAAAGCUUCAGUUUUAUCAAUUUUUUAAAAUCAAAUUUACAAAUUAUUUUUUGCAGCAAUAUAUUCAAGGAUACGACGGGCAAGGACAAUCGGGUAUUAUUGAAUUGGAGGAUGGAAAUGUUAUGGUGGUUAGUUCUUUUUAUCGACUAGUAUUCUCCGCCUGUAAAGUGACAUUUGUGAGAUUCUCAGGUUUCUCGGGAUAAUGGUUCAUAGGAAAAACCUCUAGGAUCUUUAAAAAACCCCGGAUCUUUAAAAACUUUUUUACCGGGAAGUACUGUAAGUUUUGCGCAUAGUUUUUUCUGUUUGGUGCAUUCAUAUUUUUUCAAGGCAAUUUUUUUUCAUUGAGGAAAGGGAUUGUUUCCAUCAAAUUAUUCAUCUAUAGUUUUGUUUUUGAAAGAUUUUUGAAACAGUAGGAUUUUUUGAGAAAUUUAAAAAACAAAAAACUCUAAAAAUCUUACUGUUUCAAAAAUAAAUAUGAAUUUUUAAAUGUUUCUAUUCGCAAAACGUUCCUAAAAAUCCACAUUAUUUUACAGCAAACCGAUGAACACGGAAAUUAUCACGAAAUAAUCGAUUCAUCAAACGGAAAUGUUCAAGAAUUUGUUCAAGAAGUUGUUGAAGAAGGAGAUGAACGUGUUCAAUAUAUGACAGAAGAAGAAUUGAGAGAUGCUGAAGCGAGAGGAGAUAUUCAAAUCGAAUAUGUUGAUGCACAAGGUGCACUUUUACAAUUUGAAGAUGUUGAUGAUUUUCAUCAUCAAUAA